AUGACCUUCCAAGUUAUAUUUCUAGAGGCGCUAAAAUUAACUUUCUGCCAGCAUGAAGACGUUGGCGCUUUUUGUGGGUUCUGUAAGAGGCUGCGGUCUUUUAAACCCGAAAAAUCGCAGUACACUCUAAAUCUAGACACCGUAAUUGUCCACGGCAACGUUUUAUCGGCGGAGGUGACGACCGUGGACACUACUGAAGAAAAAAGAACCACAUUGUGGCAUUAUGCUUUGAAGCUGUCAGCUCUGAAGGAUGCAACUUUUCGUAUUGAGCUGGAUGAAGCUGACCCGUUGUACCCGAGAUACAGGUCUCAAUUAGCACUGAACGGAGAACCUAAGCCUGAUGGCCUCAAGCUGAUCUCCAACGAGAACGGUAAACUGACGUUGUCGAACAAUCAAGGCCACAAAGUGAUCAUCACAGCGGAGCCGCUCAAAUUUGAGUUUGUGAACCUCGCCGGAGACACGGUCGUUGUCAUCAACGACAACCAUCAGCUGCUGAUUGAACCGCUGAGGGUGAGAAAAGAGAAGUUGGAUGAUGAGGACUCUAAUGUUGUGGAAGUCGAGGAAGAGGGGACGUGGGGUGAAAACUUCAAGUCCCAUCAUGACAGCAAGAAACGUGGCAACGAAGCCGUCUCUAUGGACUUCAGUUUUCCUGAGGCUGAUCAAGUGUAUGGUAUUCCCGAACACACGGACAAGCUGGCUCUUCGCACCACGACAUCUGGCGAUCCUUACCGGCUUUACAAUUUGGAUGUGUUUGAGUAUGAGCUCGACAGCCGCAUGGCUUUAUAUGGUGCUGUACCAGUUAUGUAUGCACAUGGAGCGAAGCAUUCUGCGGGUAUAUUCUGGCACAAUUCAGCUGAAACCUGGGUGGAUGUUAUCAACUACGCUGACAGCACUGUUGUAUCUUCACUUGUGAAUCUCGUCACCGGUGGGCAGAAGAAGCGUGUGGACGCACGGUUUAUGUCUGAAGCGAACGUGAUUGACGUGUUCGUAUUUCUCGGGGACAAGCCGAAUGAUGUGCUGCGUCAGUACACAGCUAUCACUGGAACUGCUCCCCUGCCUCCUAAAUUCUCUCUGGCGUACCACCAGUGUCGGUGGAACUACGUGGACGAGGCUGACGUCCGCUCCGUAAACGAAGGGUUCGACACUCAUGACUUGCCCGCCGACGUCUUGUGGCUAGACAUCGAAUACACAAACGGGAAGAAGUACUUCACCUGGGAUCCGGUGAAAUUCCCAACCCCUCACGAUAUGGUGGCUAACCUGACGGCGAAGGGCCGUAAGAUGGUGAUCAUCAUCGAUCCCCACAUUAAGCGCGAGGCUGGCUACUUCGUGCACGAGGACUGCACAGACAAAGGUUACUAUGUCAAGGAUAAGGAUGGAAAGGAUUAUGAAGGUUGGUGCUGGCCAGGAUCUUCGUCGUACAUCGACUUCUUGGACCCGGUGUCGAGCCAGUAUUACUCCGACAGGUAUCUGUACGAGAACUUCCCUGGCACCUCCAAAGAUGUCCAUUUCUGGAACGACAUGAACGAACCUAGUGUGUUCAAUGGCCCUGAGAUCACUAUGCCAAAGGACUGUCAACACUACAAACCACCUCAGGACGGCCACGAAGGGGUUUCUUCUUACUGGGAACACAGACACAUUCACAAUGAGUACGGUUUAUUUGUCAUUCGCGCAUCACACAGUGGAAUACUGAAACGGGAUGAGGGAAAGUACAGGCCGUUCAUUCUCACGCGAGCUGUCUUCGCCGGCACUCAGAGGUACGCGGCGGUGUGGACGGGCGACAACGUGGCGGAGUGGGGCUUCCUGGCCGUGUCCGUGCCCAUGUGCCUCUCGCUCGCAGCCGCCGGCGUCAGCUUCUGCGGCUCCGACGUCGGAGGGUUCUUCAAGUACCCGGAGGCUGAGCUCAUGACCCGCUGGUAUCAGGCGGCUGCUUACCAGGCGUUUAUGCGUGCUCACUCGCACAUCGAGACCAAGCGGCGCGAGCCCUGGCUCUACGACGCCUCGACCCUUGCGCUUCUUAGAGAUGCUCUGCGCAAGCGAUAUGCACUUCUCGACUUCUGGUAUACAUUGUUCUACGAGCAUACUCUUGACGGUCUACCCGUAACUAGGGCGCUUUACCAAGAAUAUCCUAACGAGGAGGAGACCUUCACUAUUGAUGAUCAGUACUUAAUCGGCGACAAGCUCCUGGUGCGGCCGGUGGUGGAACCCGGCGUCACCAGCGUCAAGGUGUACCUGCCCGGCGCCGCCAACAAUGUGCUGUGGUACGACGUGGACUCGUACGUCGCACUCCCAGCCAGAGGAUACUUCACGCAGGACGUCACGAUCGCCAAGAUCCCGGUGUACCAGCGCGGCGGCAGCAUCGUCCCGCGCAAGGAGCGCGUGCGCCGCUCCUCCGCGCUGAUGGCCGACGACCCCUACACGCUCGUCGUUGCGCUCGACACUGACAACAAGGCUCACGGCACGCUGUACAUCGACGAUGGCGAGACAUACGAGUAUCUCAACAACAAACACAUAUACGCGAGAAUCGACUACGAGCCCUCAGGCAUCACUUACUCGUUUAUUGACGACAAAGCCCACUAUCCGACUCGCUCGUGGGUAGAACGCAUUGUGAUCGCCGGCAUCAAAACCCCCCCAAAGACAGCCAAGCUGAUCCAAGGCGACAAACAAACCGCACUACAGAUGACACUGCACAAAGGCAAUGAUGUCUUGGUGGUGAGGAAACCAGGCGCCAAAAUGGCCCAGGAGUGGCGUAUCACUUUUAGUUAUUAA